AUACCUUCGUCUACAAAAUGCAUAAAAAUUAAAAACAAACAAAUAAUCAACAAAUGCUAUUCAUUGAAGAUUUAAACAAAAUAUAAUUAAAAAUAUAUAAUGAGUGGUCCAAACGGGAUGUUGUACGGCGGCGACGAGAUAGGCGCGUUAGUGUUUGACCCCGGACAUCAUUCUUUGCGUGUCGGCUAUGCUCAAGAAGAUACUCCGAAAGCUGAUAUCCCGGCAGUGGUUGGCGUGGGACCAGCAACCCAUAUCCCAGAGCCAGAGGAGAAGGUUCCUGAUGGCAACGUAACACAAAGUGGUACAAAAACAAAUGAUCUGAGAUACUACAUCGAUGUGACAGAGCUGCAUGUGCCGCGGCCCAACAUGGAAGUGCAGACAUACAUGAAAGACGGACAGAUUGACAACUGGGACCUGUUUGAGAGGAUGCUCGAUUACUGUUACACAAAAGUGAUAAGAUCUCCAUCUGAGCAUCAUCCAGCACUAUUCACAGAAGCAGUGUGGACCUCCCGCCCUGCCAGGGAGAAGCUGGCUGAGCUCAUCUUUGAGAAAUACCAAGCACCAGCUUUCUUUCUUGUCAAGAAUGCAGUACUGGCAGCGUUUGCCAAUGGCAAGUCCACAGCCCUGGUAAUUGAUGCGGGCGCCAGUCAGACUUCUGCUGUGCCAGUUAUAGAUGGAUACGCGCUAGUGAGCGCGGCGGCGCGGUCUCCGAUCGGCGGCGACCACCUCGUGGCGCAGGCCAAGCACAUGCUCGCCAACAUGCACAUACAGAUGCUGCCCAUAUACAGCAUAGCGAGUAAAGAGGUGAUCAGAGAGCGCGAGAGGCCGCGGUACACGGUGAAGACGCUGCCCGCCGGCCUGACCCACUCCUGGCAGCAGUACAUGCUCAAACGGCAGUACGAGGACUUCUGCCACUGUGUCGCACAGUCGUCGGAAUCUGCGUACGACGAGCGCACAGCGGCGUCGGUGCCGGGCCUCCACUACGAGUUCCCCGGCGGGUACCACCAGGACUUCGGUCCAGAGCGGUUCAAGCUCACCGAGACGCUGUUCGAAAGCACGUUGUCUGCUCCACAUUUGGCGUGCGCGGCGUGCGGCGCGUGCGACGCGGAGGCGCGGCCGGCGCUGUGGGCGGGCGUGCUGUGCGUGGGCGGCGGCGCGUGCCUGGGCGGCUGGCCGGAGCGCGUGGCGCGGGAGCUGUCCGCGCGCGCGCCGUCGUCGCACCGGCUGAAGACGCACGCCGCGCCGUCGCACGCCGAGCGCCGCUUCGCCGCGUGGAUCGGCGGCUCCGUGCUCGCCUCCAUCGGCUCCUUCCAGCAGAUGUGGAUCUCCGCGCAGGAGUACGACGACGCCGGCAAGGGACAGUUGGACAGGAAGUGCCCGUGAAAUAAUUAUCUGUCGCACCGUGAUCACCGAGAAUCAUCGUUGGUGCAUCUAGAAUCUUUCAAAAAUAGUGAAAAAUGUUUAUUAACCGCCGAUUCUAAAGAACAAUCUCAACUGCUAACUACUCAUAAAUAGAAUAUUAAAAUAACUCAUCUAGAAGCAUGAUAAACAAACUAUUCUAAUUGGUAAAUUUUCGCUACAAAUGCAACAGUAGCGGGUAAGAUUCUUUAUAGGAAUUGUUAAUUACUGUGAGAAUACCAUUGUUUUCUAAAAAAAACUUGUGUAAAUUUUAUAUCAAUGAGUAUUACUCAAAAUAAAUAUACGCAACGAAAUAGUAUUUACAAAAUAUUACGACGAAUAAUUCUGUUUUAGACAGAAAAACAUAUAUUUCGUUACGUACAUAUAUUUUGAGAAAUAUUCUAAAUCCGAAUCCGAAUAAAUGUUUUCCACUACUCUUGAAACACCCUGUAUAGGUAUAAGGACUACUAUUUAUAGUUUAAGUUUUAAACUAGUGUAGAAAUUGCCGUUUUGGUCUAUUUUCUUACUGGCAACAGUUUACGCGCAAUAUCUUUCACCUUCUGUAAGUUAGGGACAGAGGUCAGGCAAAGUUUUAUUACGAGAUUCAUUAACAAUAUAAAUAUCUCUUUUCGCCCGCUCACUUACUCGAGGUGACUAACAUUUGCGCGUGGACUAUGCAUUUCAAUUUUUAUCAAUGUUGACCAUAAAAUCGGUCAUUUUAUUACACUGACAUUGUCUCGCCGUGUCCGUCUGUAUGUAUAAAAAUAAAAGAUGAUUUUAAAUAUUGAA